CACAUACUAAAAUGGCUGAUAGCACUGUAAAGGACCAUCAACAGGCAUUAAAUGGUAUGAAACAGAUGACUAUGUCAUCCGACUCGAUGAUCCUGGGGUCUAUAGAUGUAAUUAAGUUAGUAGAAUCCUUAACAUCCUCGAAAAUCUCUCUAAGAAACCAAUCAUUAACAGCCUUAGAACAAAUAUCUAUUCAUAAAUUAAGUCAAACUCCCAAGAUAUUCAAUCUCCUAGUAAAAUCUUUAUUCAAUUUAAUAGAUAUUGAAACUAAAAUAUAUUUACAUAAUCCUUCAACCACUGCUGAAUUAAGAUUACGAAAGGCUUCUUCACUUAUCAGAUCAUUAUUUGAUUCAAUAGAAUCAUGUAAAAUUCUAAUAAAGUAUAAAUCAUUAUUGGAUAUAACUUAUAAGAUAAUUGAGAAAUUCUUUGUCCCUAAUAAUGAGGAAGAUGAAUAUUUUAUUCCUUGCUUUAUGGAUUAUUUAUGGGUAUUAAUAUAUAUAUUCAAUAAAGAAGUAUUUAAACAACAUCUUAUAUAUGAAGAUUGGAUUCAGAUAUAUGUUCAUAAUAAUCAUAGUCAUAGCCAUAAUAAUAGUCAUAGUCAUAAUAAUAAUCAUCAAAAAAUUCUAUCCGAUACUUUCCUAGCCCUAAAGAAUCUAUUACAAUGUGAAAAUAAUGUAUCUACAACUUAUACUCAUAUUUAUAACAAUUGUAACUACUUAAAAUUAGAUGAUAUAUUACAUCAUACAAUCUCCGUGACUAAAAAGGACAGUCUAUUAACUAUUACUUUAUUUAAAAUCAUUAAUAAAUUAAUCAUUACUAUGGCAACAGAAGAUAUAAAUUUUACUAAUAAAUUAAUUCGUUUAGGUAUAAAAUUAACUAUUUCAAGUUGUAAUAGUCAAUGGGAUAAGUUAAGAAAUGAAUUUCUAAUCUUUAUUAAUUUAAAUACUACUCAUGAUUUCUUAGUACUUAAUAAACUGAAACUAUUUGAACUUGAUAGUCAUAGUCAUUCAGUAUCAAUUUUAAAUGAUAGUGAAAUCAAUCCGGAUAUAUCUAUAAUGUCUCGUGAUGAUGAUGAUGAUGAAUCAACUAAUAAUACUAAUACUGAUGAUAAACAUUUUUUACAUACUAUAGGAAAUCUAAUUCAAUUACUAUUUGAAAGAACCAAAUCAAUUGAUUUCCGAUUAGAUAGUCCCGAUAUUGGACUGGUCCAUACAUCCAACCUCAACCACAAUGAAUCGUCUUGGUUUAAAUUAAAGUCGAUCUAUCUCAAAUCAAAUAAUCAUCUUGCCUGGAUGCUACGACUAGGGAUUGCCAAAUUGGUUGAUUCAUACUUUAUAAAUAAACAAAAGGUAUUGGUAUCACAUUCGCAUGUUCAUGAGAAUCGUCUGAAACGUCAAAGAACUCCUGAUUUGCAUAGAGCUCUUCAAAAAUCAUAUAGUUCAUUGGAUUUUUAUAAUCGACUCAUUAAUGAAGAUGAUGAAUUUCUCAAAGCAACAGGCUUACAACUAUUAGUAUUCUAUUUGGAAAGAGAUAACUAUUGCUUAACUAAGGAGUCCUCCUCCUCCUCCUCUUCAACUAGUAGAAUCAGUAACUCUUCAGAUACUGCUAGUGAAACCACCUUUGCAGAGAAUACGACUUUUGAUAUUCCUUCCAAUUCAGAUACAAAUCCCAAUCUUAUCCUAUUCGAUAGAAAUACCUUAAUUUGGAGUAUUUUAUCAACUUUUCCAAAUCCUUCACUAUCUUUUUGGAGUUCCUUAGCUACUAAAUGUUUACUUGCGGAUAAUUAUUACCUUGAGGCCAUAUUUACCGAUAAGAAACUCAAUUUAAAGUAUCUUCAACAAUUAUUAAAAGUAAAUUUAAAUUAUAUUACUAUGGCUUGGUCCUAUAUCCCGUGUAAUUUAAUAUAUCUUAUAAUUGUGGAUAUGUCAAACACCAGUCUUAAUAAAUUAAUUGAUAGUUCAAUCAUUACUCAAUUACAAAAUAUCGUUGAUUUAUCUGAAAUCAAUGGUCCUAAAGAUAUUUGUUUUGAAAGUUUCCAAUUUUGGUAUUCUAUUGCCAUGGUAUUUAAAGGUCUUAAUUUAUCAGGAAAGAGUCAAUUAUCAUGUCGAAUUCAGGAUUGGCUCUUGGCCCAUUGGGAUCAGAUUCAUUGGAAGUCUGUGGCUACUUAUUAUGACAUAUUACCUCAAUUUGUUACUUGGUUAGCGGGGAAUUCCAUUCAAUUACUGAUGCCUUAUGGUGGUGGUGGUGGUGGAGAUACUGGAGAUAGUGCAUUUACUGAUAUAGUUCGUUUACAAGUGCAGUAUAGUAAAUUGCAGAGAUAUCUAGUUAACAAACGACAUAUAGAAAUCAAUCAAGCCGUGUAUACUAUAGAUGGAUUGGGAGACAAUAAGAAAUUUCGAUUACUAUUGAAUUGUAUUCUAGAAACAUGUCAAAAGAAUCGAGUUAUUGAUCCAUUCAGUAGCUUUAAAUGGGCUUUAGUGUUACAACAAAUCGGUACAUGUUUACGUAACAUGCCAUCAUUUACUGAAGUUACAGCUUCAAUCGAUGAUUACUUAGUACAAACAUUAGAUGGUUUAUAUACCAGUAAUGAAUCAAGUAUCAUAAGUUCCAUAGAGGACACGUUUGAAUAUAUGGGGACCCUCGAUGAUCAAACACAGGUUAUCUUAAGGAAGAACUUCCCCUUUGAAAGGAUUAUUAAAAGUGGUGCUGCUACUACUUAUACUUCGUCUAGUCGAGUAUUAAUGUCACUAAUUCAAUGUGAGAAAUUAAGACAGUCUCGUUUUGAAACCACUUUAACUACAAUUAUCACUCUUCUUGAAUCACUGGAGGAUUAUCAAUUACUCAAUUAUUUCUGUACUCUUGCCCACUAUAUAAGGGAACAUACCGUAGACUUUUCCCAAGUUAAUGAAUUACUGUUAAAGAGAUUAAUUCGAUUACUUGGAGAAAGAAUUCUUCCUAAUCAUGAAUUAGAAAGAUGUGAACUGACGGUGUUUGCCGUAUGUACUCUUAUGGGACAAAUGGUAUAUAUGUUAAGAGACAAUGAAGAAGUUAAUGAUAGUGUAAAGAAAGAUAUGAAUGAUAUUGUCUUGUGGAUUGUUGAAUGUGGUAAGAAGAAGUUAAUUAAUAGUGAAAAGUCAUUAAUUAGUUAUUGUACAUUUCUAUUGGAUUUAAUAAUUAAUGGAGAUGUGAUUCUGAUUCUGAUUCCCUAUGAUACUGUGCAAUUAAAAUGUCUAUUUAAACAGGGAUUCAGUCAACAAACUAAUAAUGGUAAAGUUCAAUUAAUUGAUAAAUUAAUUACCUCUAUGACAAAGAUGGAUGCUCGUUUACAAACAGAAUUUUAUACUAGUCUUGUUGAAGAAUUUAAGGGAGUUGAAGAGAAGAUUGAGAUUACUGCUACUUAUACAUUAUUUAUAAGUAAUAUCUCCCAAGUUAGUCAACAAUUAUUGGUAUCUUCAUUAUUUAAUUUAUUGGAAUGUUCUCGAUUCCCAUUCUUUAUUCCGUAUAUUGAAACAUCCAUUGAUGAAUUCUGUCAAUGCUAUGGAUUGGCCAAUCAUCGACAUUUAUUGAAUUCAUUAAAAUUCGAACUAUUUCAAUGUUGGUGGAAGUAUGAUACCAUUGGUAAUUUCCCAUACUUUCUCUUUGGAUUUGAAUCCUACCGACAAUUCUUAACAUACUAUUGUAAAGAACUUGUAGCCUUAAGUAUAUCCAAUAAUAUUAAUGAUAAGGAAGGAUUAAUUCAAGAACUUGAAAGUAUACGGAAUGAAGAUCAACAAAGUUUAAUUAGUGAAAGUUUACAUUAUUUAAUUCCAUUAUCAUAUUGUCGAGAUGGAAUUAGAAAUCAAAUCUUUGAAGUACUUGGUACAUAUUUCACGGGAGUUAAUUUUAAACGAGAAUUUCAGGAUAAGUUAAUGAUAAUUGUAUUGGAAUUAUUUAAGUUUAUUGAUGUUUCUGAUGAGAAAUCCUUAUUAGAUAUCUUUAAGAAUGAUCCUGUAACGUAUUCAUUAAUUGAUGGUGAAACUGGAACUGGAACUGAGACUCAAACUGGGAGUAAAGUUAGUCAUAGUUUACAUUUAAAAGUAUCAUUAUCUUCGAGUCUUGAAUUAUUAAAACAAUUAAUAAGAAAGUAUUAUCAACUGAGUUUAAGCUUUUGGAAACCUAAAGAAAUGUACUUUCUUAUUAGGAGAUUAUUAAUAUUAAUGAAGACUGUGAGUAAUGAGAAUCAUUUACAAAUCGUUCGAAAGAUUAAAUUAAUCCUAAUUCUUGGAAGUUCUAAUAUUUAUAAUUAUGAUUUAGUAAGUCUUAUAAUUCGAGAAUUGACUCCAUUCAUUAAUCAGUUGGAAUUGUCGGGUGAUAUACUUCGAAUACUUACUACUUUUAAAAUUCAGACCUUUCAUAGAUAUGAUAAUGAUCUGAGUCUGAGUCUGAGUCUGAGUCUGAGUCUGAAUAUCCUAUUGAUAAUUACCAUAUUAAUAGGUCUAUUACCAUUGAAAUCGGGUAUAGAUUAUGAACAAUUACUUGAUCAAUUGGAUCAAUAUAGAAAGACUUUAAAACGAGAUUCCAGUGGAUGUGAAUUAAUAUUUCUUGCCAUUCAAAUCUUAAGACAUAAUCAAGUUCAUGUUCGAUCAUUAGUGGUUGAACAAUUUCUUGAAUUUGUUGAAUCCACUUAUAAAUCAGCUCAGGAUAAGUCCAUAUGUAUGAAAUUUGUUUCAUUAUUGUUUCCUUAUGUUACUACGUUUGAUGAAGAAGGUCAACUUGUCCCUGUAGUUAAAUUAUUACUGAAUGGAGGAGGAAGUGAUACAGAAUUAUCACUGACAUUUAAAGUAUGGUCAGGUAAAUAUUUAGGGAAUUUUUACUUAAGUGGAGGAUUAUUGAAUGAUGGAAUAAAUGAUAUGUUUACUUAUAAAGAAUAUGAUAAUGAUAAUUUAUCAGGAACAGAAUUUAUUAAUGAAAUUAAAUCAUUAAAUAAAGUAAUUCACAUGUUAAUUAAGUAUAUGGAAAGUGAUAAAUGUAAAGAUAUCCUGUGUGUUGAAAGUACUUUAGGAGUAAUACUUUAUAAGUAUGAGAAUUCCAAAAGAGAAGUAUUAAAAGUAAUUGAUUUUAAUGAAUUUUCAACCAUAUUCAAUACUAUAUUACCAUUAGAUUUUCAUAGUCAUGUUAUACUAAAUGAUGAUGAAAAUUUAGAAUUCUUAGAUAGUUCAUUAGAAUUUAUUUGUGAGAAUUUCUUAAUAUUCAUUAAAGAAAAUAAUGAUUGUCAAACUUGUAUAACUCGAAUAUUAUUGGCUAUAUUAAAUGAAUUGGCUUCUAUAACAAGUAUAGCUCCAUUACUUGCUACAUUUAUAAUUAAAGAGCCUCGAUUUUCUAUGGGAGUAUUACCAUUUUUAGUAUGUUUUUAUAUUAAUAAUAGUAAAAGUACAACGGCCAUAACUAAAGUAAUAUCAUUAUUAACAAAUUUUAUGGAUAUACAAAAACAAAUACAAAUACAAAUCCAAGAAGAUGAGAAAUUGAAUUUAGUAUUUCUUGAAAUCUUCCUUCUAAUUAGAAUGGGAGCUAAAUGUCAUCAUAAGGAUUUUAUUAAGAUUUGGCAAUCUAUGGAUCUAGUGGGACUUUCUAAAUUGGCAGUUAAAUGUAAACGACCACAAACUUCAUUAAUGAUAUUUGAAGAAUCUCGAGAAUUUCUUGAUGAUUUUAUUAUUCAACAAUCAUCACAAUCACCACCAGCAUUUGAACAUCUUGCCGAUAUUUAUCUGAGAAUAGAUGAAGAAGAUUUAAUGUUUGGUAUACCUGAAAACACGUCUAUUGAUCUACAUUUAUUAGAUGAUAGAAAACGUGAUAUCAAUAGUAAAUUACGGUAUGAAAGUGCUAAAUAUGAUGCAUCAUUAAUUCUCCAUAGUGAUAAUAAUUUCAAAAAUAGUCGUAUUCUUGAUUCAAUGGUAAGUAAUGGAUUAAGUGGGAUAUCUCGAUUAGUCGAUUUAGGAAUUAAUUCUAAUCAUAAUUCAGAUUCUGCCUUUGAUUGGGCAUGGAAAUUAAAUCAUUGGGAAAUCCCUGUGUGUGGUAAUGCCAUUACCGAAAAUGAAGUUACUUAUAAAGUAUUAAAACUGAUUCAUGAUUAUCCACACCAAUGUCAAUUGAAAUUCGACAAUAUGAUGUUAGAAGUAUUUAAUAAUCGAAGUAUAUUAUGUGAUAAGAAUCUUGAACCUAAACAAUUCCAUAGGAAUGUAAUAACUUGGUAUAAAUCAAUGGCAAUUCUUAAAGGAUUAGAUAGUUUCCAAUUAAAUCAUAAUGAUGAUGAUGAUGGGUUAUUUCUUAAAUCAAUUGAAGAAUUCAAUGAACAAACUAAUUGGUUUGAAAAUACUGGUCUUGUUCAUUCAGAAAGUAUUCUUAAAUCAAGACAAAUCUUCUUACAAUUAAUGACAGAAAGUCCUAAUAGUAAAGUAUCUAAUGAAACCAUUUGGAUAGGAAUAAUUAAUGAAUUAUCAAGAUAUAAUCAAAUAUCUCGAUUAACCUUUGAAAUUCAAAAACUGACUAGUGGUUCAGUAUUAAUUGAUGAAAUUGUUAAACAAAAAUUUAAUAAUUCAUCAUCUAUAUCAUUAAAACAAAAUCUUAUAAGUCGAUCACAAUUUGAAGCAGCUUGUACAUUUUGGUCUCAAGGUGAAACCACUACUCCAAUAAUGAUUUUAAAUCAAAUUAAAGAAUUAGGGAGUAUUAAAUUACCUAUAAAGAAUUUAAGAGUUUCUUCAAGUUUAAUUAAUUCUCUAUUAGUAAAAUGGUUAAUUGAUUCAAGACAAGAAACUGCUUCAACCAUUAUGCAACAUUAUGUUUUACCUACGGCUAAUAUUCUUAAUGUAUUACUGGAAUCAAAAGAAUUAGUGGUAAUAUAUCUGACAUUUGGUAAAUUUUGUGAAAAACAAUAUAAAUCCAAAUCAUUAAUUGAUCAAAUAGAUAAAUUGAAAAAGAGAGUAUUAGAUAAACAAAAUGAAAUAGAAGAAAUGAAAAGUUAUUAUGGUAAAACGGCUGUACCAGUAGAAGAGAAAAAGGCUGUACAAAAGUAUUAUUCUAAAUUAAAGAGUAUGAUGAAAUCUGAAAGUACUGAUCUUGAAGAAUUAAUUCGAAAUAAGAAUGAAUUUUCAAGUAAAGCUGUUGAAUUUUAUCUUCAAAGUUCAUUAGCUGAUCCUGCAAUUGAUUUAGAUAAAUUUAUUGAAAUAUGGUUAGAACAUUCUGAAAAUGAUGAAAUUAAUAUUAAUCUUGGUAAUGAAAUAUUAAAAUUACCAAGUUAUUGUAUAGUUGUGUGGACAACUCAAUUAAUUUCUCGAUUAUCUAAUGAUAAUUCUGAAUUUCAAAAAGUUUUACAAAAACUAAUUGUUAAAGUAUGCUUUGAUCAUCCUCAUCAUACUUUAUAUUCAUUAUUAUCAUUAAAGGAACAUUCAGUUUAUGCUAAAGAACGAGAUAAUAUUAUAUUAAAUUCAAAAUGUUUAGCAGCAGAAACUAUAUUAAAUAUUCUUAGAACAAAAAGUCGAAAAUUCAAUGAAAAUAUUAUAUUACCUAUUGAACAAUUCUUUUCUGAAUCAAUAAGAUUAUCUCAAGUUAAAGUUUCACGAGGAAGAUGUUUAUAUUUAGAUAAAGAAAAUACUUGUUGGAAUCUGAAUUUACCUUCAAUACCUCCUCCAACAAAAUCUUUAUCAAUAGAUCAUACUGGUAAAUAUUUAAAUAUUCCAAUUCUUAUUAAAGUUGAAAAUAAAAUUACUAUAGCUGCUUCAGGAUUAAGUUUACCAAAAAUUGUUAAAUUUACUUUAAGUAAUGGAUCUAAUCAUAGUAUAUUAUUAAAAUAUGGUACUGAUGAUUUAAGACAAGAUUUAAUUAUGCAACAAGUAUUUGAAAAAGUUAAUAUUAUAUUUGCUAAGGAUUUAGAUACUAAAAAGAGGAGUUUAAAUAUUAGAACUUAUAAGGCAGUUCCAUUAGGUCCACAAUCAGGAUUAAUUGAAUUUGUACCUAAUUCACUUUCAUUUAUAGAUAUUAUAAAACCUUAUCAUAAUAAAUAUGAUAAAAUUCAAUUAGAAAAAGCUCGAGAAAUUAUGAAAGAAUGUCAAGGAGAAGAUGCCACUAGUAGAUUAAAAGCUUAUGAAAAGAUUACUAAAAAGAUAAAUCCCGUAUUACGACAUUUUUUUCUUGAUACAUUUUUAACACCUGAAUUAUGGUUUAAUAGUAAGGUUAGUUAUACUCGAGGAGUUGCUACUACAUCAAUUGUUGGUUAUAUAUUAGGAUUGGGUGAUAGACAUUGUAAUAAUAUUUUAAUUGAUAAAACUACAGGAGAACCAAUUCAUAUUGAUUUAGGAGUAUCAUUUGAUCAAGGUACAAGAUUACCUAUCCCAGAAACUGUACCAUUUAGAUUAACUCGAGAUAUAAUUGAUGGGUUUGGAGUUAGUGGAAUUGAAGGAAUAUUUAGAAAAUCUUGUGAACAUACUUUUAGAGUAUUAAAUCAAAAUAAAGAUCAUAUAUUAUCUAUAUUAGAUGUACUUCGAUGGGAUCCAUUAUAUUCAUGGUCAUUAUCUCCUAUGAAAUUAAGAAAAUUACAAGUACAAGUAGAAGGUGAUGCUAAUGCGAAUGUUAUGGGAGGAGGUAUUAAAAGAAUUGAACCUCAAGAAGAAGGUACUGAAGCUGGUCGUGCAGUUUUUGGAGUACAAGAGAAACUUAUGGCUGGAGGUUUAAGUAUAGAAGCUACGGUUAGAGAGUUAAUUCAUGAGGCUAAAGAUCCUCAUAAUUUGGCUCUAAUAUAUUUUGGUUGGUGUCCAUUCUAUUAGCCGUCCUGUAUAGUGUAUAUGUAUAAACAGCCAUAUAAAUAGCCAUAUAUAUAUAAUAUAUAUAAUGUAUAUACGCUUUAUGUGGUUGGCAAUUUGCAGCAGUAGUGUGCGCCUGCCUAAGCGAAAAAUAUAUUUCAAUAUCAGACACAGAUAAUUUGGGGCCAUUGACAUGAUCUG